AUGCAGCCAGGCACAUCGCUGCCAGCAUACAGCGCUGCUGACCACGAUGAGAACGCACGGGCGGACGUGGACGAAUGCUGGAGUGACUUAGAAGGGGACAAAACAGAGUCUGAGCUGCUGGCAGCCAUACAAAAUCAGCAGCGGCGGCGGCAUCGGCACGAGAAGGAACAGCAGCAAAAGGAGGGCCGGCGGCGAUGGCGGCAGCAGCAACAGCUGCAGCACAAGCACACGCAGCAGCAGUCACUGCAGCAUGAGCAGCAGCAGCGCGGAUUGGAGCAGCACACAAUGGCUGACAAUGCUGUUUCGUGCCUGCCCGCGCCCUUCCCGGACCUUGCCGAGCAGCAGGCAUACUAG